CCUUCAACACGGGCUGAUAAGGAUUUCAUAGACGCAAGACAUUGUGUGAUCCUGUGUUACAUACAUACACAAUGUUCAGCUUGAUAAUCCUUGGUCUGUGCCUUGUAAACACCUUUGGUCAAAGAGUUGGUCAUUCAUCACUGGUGUACCAAUGGACAUCAUUAGAGUAUGACUGGCCGAGUGACCGUGUGAAACAGGAGUUUAUCAAGAAUGGCAGUUUUGUGCUCGAAAAUAACCUCAUCGCCGGCGUGAAGGUGUACAACGGUAGCGUGUACGUCACAGUUCCUAGAUGGAAGAAAGGUGUGGCUUCUACUCUGAAUGUCGUCACUGAGAAACACGGGAAACACAUCCUCAGACCCUUCCCCAGCUGGUCCAUGCAGACUGUAGGUGACUGCACCGCCAUCCAGUACUCCCAGAGCAUGGAGAUAGACCCCUUGACGGGAUGGAUGUGGAUCAUUGACACUGGAAUUGGAAGAAUUGCUGAUGCCGGAGAGACGAUCUGCCCUCCUAAACUUAUCAUCUACGACAUCAACCGUAGACGUGUAGUCCGCACCCAUUACUUCCCUGAUCAUGUUGCAGCUAGGUCCUCCUUCCUGAACGACAUCGUCCUCCAACGAGUGGCUGGUCAAGCUGCCCUUGCGUACAUCAGUGAUGCUAGACAAGCACGUAUAGUGACCUACGACUUCCGGUCUGACAAAUCGUUCAGUUUUGCUGACAGCAGUAUGUCAGCAGAAUCUCCACCAACUUCUAUUGUUCAUAUCGACAACAAGUCCUACCCACAGACAGUUCCUGUAGACGGUAUUGCCAUGUCAUCUGACUUCAGGUACGUGUAUUACUCAGCUUUAGCAGGUACGAGCUUGUACCGAAUACCCACAACCGUUCUCUCUGACCCUAAAGGCUCGUUCCAGCAAUCUGUUCACAAAGUCGGUGUUAAACAAUCUCAGUCUGAUGGUAUGGCAUUUGGGAAGAAGUUCAUGUAUUAUAGUGCGCUUAGUUCAAACGGUGUGUACCAAUGGAAUUUCAUGAAGGAUCAGAACAUGGCGGGGGGACCGGAUGACAUAACUUUGACCUCUCAGGUUAUGGUUGCUCAUGAUGACCAGCGGAUGAAAUGGGUCGACACCUUUGGUUUCGACAAUGAAGGUUCACUCUGGUUCACAGCGAAUAAUCUUGGAAGCUUCUUUGCUCAAACGAUGAACUUCUCCAAUCCUAACAUGUUCAUAUGGAAACUAUAUUUGGACGACAAUGGGUACCUUGGAACCAAUAAUGCUUCAACAAUGCAAGACAGACCAACCAAGACAGUCCAGCAUAUGACCGUGAGCAUGUGUGCAUUAAAAAUCCUCCUGAUCGCACUUCUUGGAAACAGGUUGGUGGAUUCCGCCAUUGUGUAUAAGUGGCAUGCUGUAGACUAUGAAUGGCCAAACACUUCAGUCAAACAGGAAUUCAUCAAAAAUGGAAGUUUCAUCAUCACAAAUAAUCUAAUCUCAGGCAUUAAGAUUUACAAUGAAAGUGUGUACGUGACGGUUCCUCGAUGGAGGAAAGGAGUUCCGUCUACUCUCAAUGUAGUAGUGGAGAAGGAUGGGGAGGCAAUCCUUAGACCCUUCCCCAGUUGGUCCAUGCAGACAGUGGGUGACUGCUCAGCUAUCCAGUACUCUCAGAGUCUUGAGAUUGAUCCUUCAACUGGAUGGAUGUGGAUUAUUGACACUGGCUUACACUCAAUCGCCGACCCGGGGCAGUUCAUAUGUCCCCCUAAGCUAGUUAUCUACGAUAUAAACACGGACAAGGUUAUUCGAGUUCAUCAUUUUCCUGAAGUCGUCGUGCCAAAGAUGCUGACGUUCCUGAAUGACAUCGUGGUUCAUAAAAUUUCAGGAAAACCUGCUUAUGCUUACAUCACGGAUGCAGGAACAGCCAGACUAGUUGUUUAUGAUUUCCUAAAGGACAAAUCGUAUGCAUUUGCACACAAGAGCAUGGCAGCCGAGAGUGGUCCACCGAGUAUGAUCGACUUUGACCACACGCAGUUUAAGACAGAUAUUCCGAUAGAUGGCAUUGCUCUUUCUCCCGACACACGGUAUCUUUACUAUUGUUCCUUGGCAUCAAUGAAACUUUACCGUGUUCCCACAUCAGUGCUUGCACAAGAAAAUGGCGACAUCAGCAGAUCUGUGAAAGACCUUGGAAGCAAAGUUUCCCAGACGGGAGGCAUGAUAUCUGGAAAUAAAAGUUUGUUUUACGGAGCGUUGGGUUUGAAUGCUGUCUUUAAUUGGGACUUCACCAAGGACAUGGCCAUGGCAGCAUCUGUUGACGACGUUACCCUGACAACACAGACUGUGGUGGCAAAGGAUGACUUGAACAUGCAAUGGGUUGACAGCUUUGCUUUCGACACUAAUGGUUACCUCUGGUUUACAGUAAACAAACUGCCAAGCUUCCUUCAGAAUACAAUGGAUUUUAAUGCCACGGCGCCCUUCAAUAUGUUCAUUUGGAAGAUUUAUGUUGAUGAAAAGAGUUAUUUAUAAACCAUUCGACAUCAAACUGACGACAAGAUGGUUCGUUUUACCCCAAACCCUACCAUCAAAGUGAGAAGAAAUAGGGGUGACUAUGGUAUAUACAUGAAAGGAAAACGAAUAUGAAACUAUUCCUAUACAGUUUGUUUUAACUGAACUUCUCGCAUCUACAUGAAUGUCACCAGAAGACCACGUGCACCAUUUGAAGUACUGGGCAGUAACAUGAUGUACAUUGCACCUGCAGGUUUAUGAACACACUUAUAGCUCUUUAAAGAUAUUUCUUAUAAUGUCAAAUUUGAAUCCAGUUAGAAUAUACUGUUUCUGCUUCAUAUAAAAAAACCCACUUGAUUUGUAAA